CGAACGAUCAAGAGAGAGAGAGAAGAGAGAGAGAAAUGGGCGGUUGGGCUAUAGCAGUGCACGGCGGCGCUGGUGUGGAUCCCAAUCUACCGUGGGAAAGACAAGAGGAAGCCAAACGCCUUCUAACUCGCGUUCUCAAUAUCGGCGUUUCUGCUCUUCGUUCUUCUCUACCUGCCAUAGAUGUCGUUGAACUCGUCGUGAGAGAAUUGGAAUCGGAUCCAUUGUUUAAUUCAGGACGUGGAUCUGCUCUUUCUGCGAAUGGAACGGUGGAAAUGGAAGCGAGUAUUAUGAAUGGUAACGGAAGGCGAUGUGGAGCUGUAUCGGGAUUGACGACGGUGAAGAAUCCGAUUUCGCUUGCAAGACUUGUAAUGGAUAAAUCUCCUCAUUCAUAUCUUGCCUUCUCCGGCGCCGAGGAAUUUGCACGCCAACAGGGCGUGGAGAUGGUGGAUAAUGACUACUUUAUCACGGAAGAUAACAUUGGAAUGCUGAAACUAGCCAAGGAAGCUAAUACCAUUCUUUUUGAUUAUAGGAUCCCAAUAGAAACAUGCAGUGUAGCAUCUCAAGAAAGUCCCAUUCUCAUGAUGAACGGACUCCCAAUAAGCAUAUACGCGCCCGAGACAGUAGGAUGCGUGGUAGUCGACAGCGAGGGCCGGUGCGCUGCAGGCACCUCCACGGGUGGGCUAAUGAACAAGAUGAACGGUCGGAUCGGCGACUCACCCUUGAUUGGAUCAGGCACGUACGCUUGCAAUCUGUGCGGGGUUUCGUGCACGGGUGAAGGGGAAGCGAUCAUUAGAUCGACACUGGCCCGUGAGGUCGGGGCGGUUAUGGAAUAUAAGGGAUUGAAGUUGAAGGAAGCCGUGGAUUAUGUUAUUAAGGAGAGGUUGGACGAGGGAAUGGCGGGGUUGAUCGCGGUUUCGAGUAAUGGAGAUGUGACUUAUGGUUUUAAUACUAAUGGUAUGUUUAGAGGAUGUGCUAAUGAAGAUGGACUAAUGGAGGUUUCCAUUUGGUAGUAGUAUUAAUAUAGUCAAUCUCUCUUUCUCUUUCUCUCUAAAUGUUAAUGUUGUUGGAUGUAGUAUUUUCAUUUUGAAGACUUUGAUUGAAUAAUUGGGGAAUAUUUUCAUAUGAAUAAUGGCAUUUAUUUGUAUGAGAUAGUUUGAAAUGAAUAAUUUGCUAUGAAUAACAUUCAUUUCUUUGA